AUGACUGUGCUAAUUUUACAACAGAGUCUUAUCACUGCCGAGAAGAGCUACGAUUCGUUGCCGAAUUUUACGGCUGCUGAUGCAAUGCGGCUGUUGGGAAUCGGAAGGAAUCAGUACAUCGAGCUGAUGAACCAGAAUCGUUGCAAUCGAAAGCUGUUUCGAAGAAGCAAAAGCCUGCGCGAAUUGCUACCAGCUAAGCCGGUAGCAAUUAAUAUCGAGCCGUGGUGGCUGAUUGCACCGGGUAGCAUCCUAGAAAGUGACGUAAAAUUAUUGAGCAAAGACGAAAAAGAUUUGUUGGACAUGCUGAUUGACGAAGGGGCCCAAUUGGUUGGUACUCUUGACGCAAAACUAGUUCAACGGCUCUACAAUCGAGGCCUGGCAUACUUGGAGUUGGUGAAAAACGCAAUUUCGGUUUUUUGCCGCCUUGGUUUUGCUAAAAAACGUGUCACUGGCCUUGAAAAUCUUGCGCUGCAUGUUACAUGGGCUAGCCAUAUGAUCAUUCCAGAGAUGGACGAGACAUCGACCACAGCAAUCACAACCGAUUUAUCGGAUUUCUCCAAAUCGCUGGUUUCGCCAGGUGGCGCUGAUGAGGACGAUGAAACUGAAUGCAAUUCGGAUGUGUUAUUUGGCGGGCAAGAUACGCCGGCUACUUCCACGUCCCUGUCGAUGACAACUCCAACGCCCAGUGGUGGAAACGAAGCAGCGAAGCGAAUUGCGUUUCUGUUUGAUUCGUCGUUAACCGCCUUUCUGAUGAUGGGAAAUUUGUCAGCCAGCCUGAAGAAUCAUGCGGUAACAUUGUUCGAAGUGGGUAAACUGAGCGAUGAGUCACUGGAUAGUUUUGAGGAGGAGUUGCAGAAUGUCAAGCUUUUCGUUGAAGGUGAGGCGCAGCGCUAUUCCGAGCAUGCGCAAACAUUGUUGCUUACAAUUCGUGCAUUGCGCGAUGGCUCAGAGCUUGAUUUGAUUCGUGGCGAGAGCUUGCUGUCGUUGGAUCAUGCCACGCGUCUUCGCCUUAUCACCAAAACAUACAGGUGCUUGGUCUCAAUGGCUCCACUGAGUGGCGAAGCGUGUCCGUUGUCAGUUUCUUCCAUUCCACAUUUCGGCCCUGUCGUUCCAGAAGCAGUCUCUUCGUGGUUCCGUUUGUUCUUGUACCACACCGCCGGUAAUGGACCAGUUUCAAUGUAUAUUCGCAAAGGAUCACGAAUUCCAGUAGUUCCACGUGCUUUGCGUAGAUGCAAGCGAUUGCUGUUAACAACAUCUUCCCAUGAACCUGUUAUUGUUCCAACAGAUAACUGUCUCGUUCAGCUAAAUGAUACCCUUCUAACUCACGCAGUUCUUGUACAGGAGUACAGUGCAGUGACUGACGAUGCGGAACUUGUAAGUGUUCCCUUCCCAUUCGUAGAAUCAGACCUGAAGGAUGGGAACUUUGCAUUGCAUCCGUCGGUGGUGGUGCUGCGCAAUAAGUUGGGACUUGAUGCAUUGUGCGGCUACUUAACAUUGCUAUGUAAGACGAAGGAAUUGCUAGUUAAAGACCGGAAAAACGAUAAUGCACCAGUGAGCAAGGAUCCGAGGAAAGUGACAAAUCUGCGCGAACAUUUACGUGACGGUGAAACAUACGACGAUUACGUGGUGCUUGAUUGUGUCUUUGGUAUUCCAUUGUUUGGCGAGCAUCUCAAUCGGAUUGUUUGUCAGCGAAUAAAAGAAUGUCGCCUUCUUGAUUCAAAAAAUUCCAGCGCUGUGCAGUUUGCCAAUCAUGACUUAGCGCAAUCACUACAGGAGUUGAUUGAUAAGUACCAGGACUGGGGAGGCACUGAGCCCACAUUUCCAGCAUCGCGAAGCUGUCUACCAACACAAACUGUGCUUUUUGAAAAUGGUGAGCUCAGCAUUGUCACCGAUUUACGUUCUUGGUAA